UCGCGGGACCAGCUCUCAGUAGACUGCGUGAGGCAAGCCGCGCCGGUCGCACACACUCGCCCGCGACCCGCCACCGCGCCCGCAAACUUCGCUCGACUCGUCCACAUGUCCGAAACACCCGUAUCUCGCACUCGCACGUGACACCACGACCCGACCGGACCGUUUAAACUGUCGUAAAAUCCGCGGCACGCGAUCCCGCCUCAUAAAAUAAUCGUAAAAAGUAAACACGUCUAUCGGCCUUUAUCGCCGAGGAAGCAUUAUGACGCUUCAGUGACGUUUUAUUGGGCAAUAAAAUUAAUAAAGUCGGCAUCCACUCGAUACUGAGCGAGUCGUGUUAUCUCGGCGCGGGGGGCGCGAUGACAUAAGUGAUUCCUAACUGAGUGACGUACGUGCUAGUGACCGAUCAGAAUGAACUCCUACUUCGAGCAGGGCGGCUUCUACGGGGCGCACGGCGUGCACCAGGGCGGUGGGGGCGGCGACCAGUACCGCGGGUUCCCCCUGGGCCUGACCUACGCCCAGCCUCACGCGCUGCACCAGCCGAGGCCGCAGGAUUCCCCCUAUGAUGCAUCAGUAGCGGCCGCAUGUAAACUGUACGCUGGAGAGCAGCAGUACGCUAAGGCAGAUUGUUCGAAGACCGGCUCGGACCAGCCCAAUGGAUACGGAGGCAAGGAAGCCUGGGGCACGGGGCUUGGAGCCCUCGUGCGGCCCGCAGCCUGCACCCCCGAGGCCAGAUACAGCGAGUCCUCCAGCCCGGGCCGAGCCUUACCCUGGGGGAACCAGUGCGCGUUACCAGGAGCCGGAGGUUCAGCACAACCUGUCCAGCAUCAACCCACAAACCACACAUUCUACCCCUGGAUGGCUAUUGCAGGAGCGAACGGACUCAGAAGACGAGGCAGACAGACCUACACGAGAUAUCAAACGUUAGAGUUAGAAAAAGAGUUCCACACGAAUCACUACCUCACGCGAAGGAGACGCAUAGAGAUGGCACACGCGCUCUGUCUCACGGAGCGGCAGAUCAAAAUAUGGUUCCAGAACCGGAGGAUGAAGUUAAAGAAGGAGAUCCAGGCGAUAAAGGAGUUGAACGAGCAGGAGAAGCAGGCGCAGGCGCAGAAGGCGGCGGCGGCUGCUGCGGCGGCGGCAGCCGCGGCGCAGGGCCACCCCGAGCACUAGGCCGCGUGGACGGUGCCGCAAGGCCGCAGUGCUAGUUACAGUGAUUAUCCGCCGAACGCUCCCUAGCUUCCUUUGUAAAUUGUUUGUAAUUAUUUUUAUAAUUUAAGUGUUGUUCGGUUGUUGUGAUUAUUUUUAUUAUUGAUUAGUGCGAAUUAGACUCGUGUUUUUUAGGAGCGAAAGAAUAAACUGUUAAAUGUUAGCAUAGAAACGGGUCGUAUUAUUUUGUGUUUGGGUUUUGUUUUUGUUGAUUUAUAUUUUUUUACAUAAUUUUAUUCGCUAUCGUGGUAGACGUUCGAGCAGUGCAAUCUAGAAAUCUCUUCCGUGUAACAUAGAGUAGGUAUCGGCGCGACCGCGGCGCCCCUCCCGGCGACGAACUCUAUCACAUUGUACAAAUUAGUAUGCCUACCAAAGAGACCCGGUCUCGUACCCUUAUACUAAGUAAAGAGUCAUAAGUUAAUUACCCGAUCGGAGUCGCGUGAAGUACCCGCGCCGUCUAUCCUUAAUACUCUCGCAUAAGUAUAGUUUAACAUGGUCGUGUUCCUGCAGUCGUAGUGGUCGGUGAAGUUAAACAAAUUGCCAUAAAUAUAAGUAGAUUAUUUUAGCAAGUAGCCGUGUAAAUAGUUAGGGUAAACGUGUUGCUAGUGGAAGUGAGCGGUUAGCGAUUGCGCUGGCGCCUCGGAAUGGGCAGAAAAACCUCCGGGAGUGCGGGCGAAGGCGAGGCGAUGCAGGGCGAGGCGGAGGCGAGGCAGGGCGAGGCGGGGGCGUGAGGCGGCGCGGGGGAGCGGGCGCAGCCGGCCACCAAACAGGACUAGGUGGUCGUCGCGUUUUUAGUUCGAUCCCCAAAAACUGACGUCGCGAGAUCAAGAUAUCAAAGUGUCGAAUAAAUUUCUGCGCCCACACGAGCGCUUAGGCAAUCGACUACCGAAGAUUUAUUAUCAAAAUUUCCCGUUAGUACUCACCGAGCCCGCGUAUCACUAUUUCAAAAAUAAAAGAACCGGUCGCGAUACCAUCGCCGACUAUAAAUUAUUGCUCGCAUGAAAAAUACAUGUUUCGGUGUCCGCUCGUUUAUCGCUUCACUUUCUUUCGCUAGUUUCUAGCAGCCCACCAAUGCAACGGUAAUCUUUGACGGUUCUCAAAAUUUUAAUCAAAUCAGAAGAUCCCGGAUCUUUAGCAUAAACAAAAUAUGUUGGCAUUGAUUGAGAUCCUAGGUCGGCUGUAUCGGUUUAAAUGGUAUCGGCCGUAUAUCAAUAUCCUGGUUCCAGCGCACCGGGAUAAGUAUACAUCGCCCCACUCCCCUUGUUCAAUAAGGUUCUCAAAUUCUCAAUCAAACCAGAAGAUCCUUUGCAAAAUUAAUAAAUGUAAGCAUUGAAAUGGGAUUGAGAGGCUAUCGAGCUAGAUGAUAUCGGCAGAUGGCGCCAGGCUAGUGAUAUAUCGCCCCGCUCCCCUGUAUAAGGUUUUCAAAAUUUCAAUCAAAUCAGACGAUCCUUAGCAUAAACAAAUGUUGGCAUUGAAACGGGAUUGAGAGGCUAGAUCGGCGGUAUCGGCUAGAUGGUAUCGGCCGGUGGCACCAGGUUAGUGAUAUAUCGCCCCGCUCCCCUGUAAAUCCCGCCUGGACGCCCGCUGAGGUACACGGCCGCGAGCCGAGAGCUUCAAAUGGAAUUGUGUUUUUAUUUAUCGUGCGAAUUGUUCACUAUCGUUCAUUUCGAAUCGCAAGCGCUCAAUUCGCGGCCGAGAAUAAUUUAUCUGCUGGAUAAUUUAGAUUAAACAGGUUUUCAAAAUAAAUAUAUAGGCGAAAUUCUCAGAUGAUUUAUUCUUAAAGCGCUGAAACGUCCUAAAAGACGUAACUUCAAAAGUAUCAAAAUCUAAAUGUAUAGAUUGUAUAACUGAAAAAUGUACAAAUGUUGUAUACCAAUCGCAUUUUAGCGAUUCUUCUAUAUUUAAAGUUUUCGAUUGGCUAAGAGGCAUGUACGGCGUACACGUUCACUGUGGGCUGAACAAAUUUUAAUACUAGCAUUUAUAUAUUUUAGGUCUAGAAGAUCUCUCGCUUGAAAUGGAAAAGUAUAAUGUAUAAAUCUAUCAGUAACGUGUUACUUGAUAUUUUGUAAAUAAUUAAGGUUAUUGUAUUAAUAAUAAACUGAUGUACAACGUCUGUAUACGUUCAGAAAUUAAUAAGUAUAUUAUAAUAAUAAACAUCUGAUGUGACGUAAAAUAUAAUUGA